AUGGCGUACCAAUCGCCAUCUGAGGAGCAGUUUCGGGCUACAUUGCCACCGAUUCCUUUAACAGAUAGACAUUCUCUUUCGCAUUCAAAAUCUCAAUCUCAACUAGAAACAAGCGCGCAUGCAAAAUUAGGUCCAUGGGCACAGUGGGGUCAUACAUCUGCUUCUUUGAGUGGCUUGGAAACUAUGAAGCGGCCUCAAUUGAAACAUAGUCAAACUACGGGAGAUAAGUUGCGCUUCAAUAGGGAUCCACUACCAGCAAUUCCUGGGGUUUUAGAGAAGAAAUUGGGUAGGGGGAGUAGGAGGCUCGACGGGAGGUUGAAUGAGUAUGGAGAUCCUGUUCAAAAACCCUCGAUGGAUCUUUCUAUCUCAACAAAUCACGAUGAUGAUAUUGAGAAAAGCGGAGGUGUUCGAAGAGUGGCGAGAAUUCACUCUUCGCCUGAAACUAGUACAUUGCCUCCACCUCCCGAACCACCCUUGACAAAAUCGGCAACGAAGGUGAUGCAGAGAACGGGCUACGAUCCAACUAUGGAAAUAAGAGAAGGGAAAAGUCGACAGUCAUCGUUAGCUACAGAUAACUCUGACAGUUCUGGUAGCAUUUACAGUCAAGAUGAUAAUGUCAAUUUCCACAUGGCUCACCAUAACCAAACUAUCGGUUCUGCUCCUGUUUUUCCGAUGCAGCGGGAUGAGGGAAGCUCGUACUUCUCCAACUACAUGCCUAGUAAUCCAUCAAGCCGGGCCACGUCGUCACCGAGAUCAUUAGUCAUAUCGUCAGAAUAUAAAGAACGAGUAUCAAGGUUUAUGCAAGGUCAUUUAGAUCUCAAUACUAGUCAAGAUCUGGCAUGCACUAGUGGUCUCGAGGACUUGAUAGAUCAAGAAGUGCAGUACGAACAUCUGACUGGGCGCGAAUAUCCACUCAGGCAUAAGUCUCAUAACGAUGAUGUCGCAUUAAUGCCACCACCACUCUCAUUGCCAACAAAGAGAAGUCGACAAAGCUAUUUUUGUGAAAGCCCAGAUAAUUGGGAGCCACGAACCCCGGUUGCUCCAUUUUUGGGUAGCGAAGAGCAGCAGAGUUUGCAUAGACCCUCUGCAGUCUCACAUACAUCAUCCAUGGUACCGCCGAACAUAAUAAUACCAGAAUCGAAUAAACCUCGAAAGAGAAAUUUUUCAAGUGGUCUACGCCCACUGAAGAGUCCAUUUCCAUUUCUCUCAACUAACAUGAUACCGGAUUCUCCAAAAGCGACCGGCCCAACAGUGUCAUCAGGGGAAAUGUUAUCGGGUGCUUUAAAACGGCUAUCUGGAAGCACGAAGAUGUCGCCAACAGCGAGCAAUGAAAUAAUUUCCAAUGCUAGUAGGAGUGCGAUGGGCCCAGAUACGCCCAUGCCGAAGAAAUCAGGAUUUAUGGGGAUUAAAGGGGCCCCAGACGUGAUACAGAAAGGUAAUGAGCAUAUUCAUGAAGUGGUAGAGAAGGUAAAAUUGAAAGUCAAUAAGAAAGAGAGGAGGAGAAGGGAAUUGAAGAAGCAAAUACUAGUCGUUGGGAUUAUGGAUCAGACACCAGGUUGGUUACCAAUGUUCAUGAGGGAUUCUGACGGACGAACAUCGGAAUGGCUUUGA